GUUCAGUGGACAUCAGCCAGAUAUCCCAUCAUCUGGGAAAGCACGCUGCACUCUUUGGGUUAUUUAUUAGCAUGUGUUCAUACAUCCCUCCCUGUGCAAGAGACGAUCAGGAGAACUCUGAGAACGUCACGUACAAGCAGAAAUACUGGAAAGAGAAAGUGGGUUCUCAACCAUUUACAUGCUAUUUUAACCAGCACUUGAGGCCGGAUGAUGUGAUGCUGAAGCGCACCCAUGAUGAGACUGUUCUCUUGCACUGCUUCCUCUGGCCUGUGGUGACUUUCCUAGUUGGAGUCCUCAUUGUGGUCCUGACCAUCUGUGCCAAGAGCUUGGCUGUCAGGGCAGAGGCAAUAAAAAAGAAGAAGCAUUUGUGAGUGGCAAGGCUGCUCAUGGAAAAGAGAAACCUGCAAGACGGUCUCAGGUGGGGCAACCUGACACCCCUGCAGGGGCACCCGGCUGCAUCUCCUUCCAGGGCCUGAUCUGUGGUGGAGUUGCUCUUGUCUCAGGAUUGUUCUUGGGAGAUUUCCCCAUGAAAUGCCAGCUAAAUGCUUCUUCUGCUAUGGCACUAAAUAAGUAUAUUCUACCAAAAACAAAGAGAAAAUCUACAUGCAUCAAAUAUGCUGUACACUGCACCAAAUAUCCUGUGUGCUGUUAGUGCUGAAGAGCAGCUAUCCAGAAGUUGAGACAGUUUAUAAAACUCCCUGAUGAUGUUACUUUCAUCUCCACAAAGUGAUCUUUGCUAAUGUUUAAUAUUAAAUAUUUAAAAUCCUUACU